AUGUCGAUACUUUUGCGGAGGUAUUUGCUGACGGUUCUAGGCAGCCGAAAUGCUGCACGUAUAGCACGUCUACGCAGAAGCAAAUGCUGUUGUGGCCACUCUGUCUUGCUACGAAAAUCAGUCGUUGUGUCGAGCCUAUGUCCUCGUCUACUGACUAGAGUUUUGUGUACAGGCUCAACAGGUGACAGUCUAGGAGAGAGAGAAGGCUCUUCGAAGACUGAUAGAAGAGGGAGAACUUAUACUUACCAGGGCAACACCUAUAUAUCAGCUACUAGAGCUUUAAAUGAUUAUCUUUUAGAUUUCAGUGAUUUGGACAACUUGACACAGUAUGCAGUUCGAGAUGCAUAUGGAGAUGCUGAAAGACCUGUAGAACUGAUGUACCGGUUACAAGAUGUCAGGCAAAAGGCUUUUCAAGUUUGGGGUAGUAAAGAGGCUUUAGAGAACGAAGCAAAACAAAGGCAGUUGGAGACUGAAGAGGAUGAAAAACGACGCAAACAACUAGGUGCACUGAUUGGUUAUUUGAAGAAGUCCGUGAAAGACAAGACUCGACAGGCAGUCGAUCAUGAGGCUUUCGGUGCAAGAGAAGAUAGAGUUUCAUUUCUUCAUGGGUCAGCAAGGAUUGUCAUGUAUGCUAUUGUAAGUAAUGCAACAGUCAUGUUAUUCAAAGUUGUCGCAUGGCUAUACACUGGCUCAUCAUCAAUGCUUUCUGAAUCAAUACAUUCAUUUGUCGACACUGCAAAUCAGGCUUUAUUAGCAUUUGGGAUUGCUCAAUCAAUUCGUCGACCUGAUCCUGAUCAUCCGUAUGGAUUUUCACGAGCACAGUAUGUGUAUGCUCUUAUCAGCGGGAUGGGUGUAUUCUUUCUGGGAGCUGGAGUGUCACUCUAUCAUGGUGUAACUAGUCUUUUACAUCCUCCAACUUUGCAAUCACUUCCUGUGGCUUUAACUGUGUUGGGUGGCUCACUACUUGUGGAGACUGGAGUAUUGUUAUCUGCAUUUAGCCACAUCAGAAGGAGUGCAUUUGACAGUAAAGUGAGCUUUAGAGAGUAUGUUAUACGAGGGCGUGACCCUAGUGCAGUUGCUGUUCUUAUGGAGGAUAGUGCUGCUGUGUUAGGUGUAUUCCUUGCAGCCAGCUGUCUUGGUUUGACUUACGUCUUCAAUAACCCAGUGUAUGAUGCAAUUGGUUCUAUCUGCAUUGGAACAUUACUGGGAACUGUCGCUUUAUUUCUUGUGCGGAGAAAUGGAGAGCUACUAGUCGGAAGAACUAUCGAUGCCCAUAAAUUGCGACAAAUUAUUGAAAUUAUAGAAGAUGACGUCAUGGUUAGAUCAAUUCAUGACGUCAAAGCAGUUGACUUGGGAGCUAAUACAUUACGCUUUAAAGCUGAGGUAAACUUUGAUGGUCGCGAGGUUGCUCGAGCUCAUGUCAGCAGACUGGACUUAGAACCACUGUUAAGGGAGGUGAGCCAGUUGACCACGGUAGGAGAAUUUGAACAGUUUCUGUUACAUCAUGGGGAACAGGUGGUAGAUGUUCUUGCCAUUGAAGUCGAUAGGAUAGAAAAAAACAUAAAGAAGGCAAAUCCUGACUGUCGUCAUGUUGAUUUGGAGAUUUUGUAGCCAAAGAGAUGUUUGUAUAAUAUUGUGAAUAACAGCUAACUAACAGUGCUGCUGUAUAGAAUGAGAUUCCAAUGUAGACUAUAUGGUAGUGUUUA